AUGAAAGUCGACAGCGUACCCGCUCCCGAUGGGGCUGGGGCCACUGGAGAGAAGGCCCCAUCCCUAGAGGUCGUGGAUAGCACCGCCGAUGUGCAUCCGGAGUUGGUCGACAUGGACGCGUACAGACGGGAUGUGCCACUAUGGAAGAGGUUCUGGCAACAUAGUCUGACGCAGAUGAUGCUCCUCAGCGUCCAGGCCUUUUGUGGGCCAGCCAUGGACGACGCAAUUGCUGGCCUCGGUGGUGGUGGUUUGGCCACACCGCAAACGUCUAAUACCGCCACCGCGAUCAACUAUACCAUGCUGGCCAUCGUCUGCGCGUUCGGUGGGCCCCUGGUAAAUAAGCUCGGUGUAAAGUGGUCACUGGUUAUCGGUGCCGCAACAUUCCCCAUCCGCGGUGCAUCGUACUAUGCCAACAGCAAAUACGGAAAUCAAUGGCUUGUUGGCGGUGGAAUCAACCUAGCAAAGAAUCAUGUCAAGGGUGUGGAAGGAGGUGUCACCCCCGACACUUACAUCGCUUUUGUCAUCAUCGAGUGUUUGGCACUACCAUUUGCGUUCCUAAUAUCCCCUCUUGAAAGGGUCGUCAGGUCGGACGGCACCAGGAUUCGGCGGAGGGCCCAGCUUGGUCUUUACACAGUCGUUCUGCUCAACAUGGGCGUCUACAUAUGGUCUAUCGUGAUGCAGGUACGAUUUGACAAGCACAACCCUGGGGCCAUCGAUUGGGAGGAGCCGCUCUAUCCCUCGGCAUUUCUGCCGUACUUUUUCGUGCAGACUACUGGACCACUCUCGCAAUCUUACAUGUACUGGCUGAUCUCCUCAUUUGCUACUGAUGCACAAUCCAAUGUGCGCAAUGGAGCCGCAUUCAGGUGCGUGGAAGCAGUGGGCCAAGCAGUGUCCUAUGGCCUGAACACGAACGCGAACUUGAGUACUCUCGUUGGAUUCUGCGUCACUUUUGGCCUUAUGGCUGCAGCCCUUGGCCCCAUGAUUGUCCUCACCAAUGAUGUCCCGGAUCGCAUCCCGGCCGACGUGCUCGCCGAGGAGCAGCAAGCUGCGAUUGAAGGCAAAAAGGUGGAUCCCCAUACGCUUCCCAACGUUUAA